AUGUCCCACUCGACUCUGAUAGGAUCAACAAGCAGGCUGUCUUUACGGACAGCCGUUAUUCCCUCUCUUCUCAAUUGCACCGCUUCAUCAUCAUCCUCCACCUCUGCAUCAUCGUCUUCUCGUGCAUCAUUCCACACAUCCUCUACCCCGCUGGAAUCCAAACGCAAGAUCGUCGCACGUCAGAAGAAACAAAAGAACCUCGCCCUCCGUACCGAGCGGUCAAGGCAAGACGUCCAAGGGUUGGUAGAUCCGAUCUUGGGGGACCUGAAGCCGGAGGUUAGGACGGGUGGUUUUUUCGCUCGUCAACAGUCUGGCAGCAAUGCCAACAACAACAACACUGCGAAGGAGGAAGUUGGAGGGAAAUAUGAACGGAGCUUGUUGAAGAAGGUGGUACUCGACCGGCAAUCGAUCUGGUUCUCCCAGCCUCCUCAAUAUCCUUCGCAGUACACCGUGGAGAAUAGCGGUUUUCCCGCUCCGGUCCAGCCGGCUGUUUAUACCGGCUCGCUCUCUUCCACCUCGGAAUCCACCUCGGACUCUACCUCGACCUCGAACCUCAACUUGAACGCGGACCAAACCUUCCUCUUCAAACACCUCCCAGAGACCCUCCUCUCUUCCCUCCCAGCCGCCCAAGCUGCCAAGCUCGGCAAGACCCCUUCUCCCGCAGAGAGACGCGCUUAUGAGGAGGCGGUCGCUAUGGAGGCUAAGAUGAGUGAACAGACUAUGAGGGUACUUGAUUUGAGGAAUGCCGAUGCGAAGGGGGUCAGGAAGGAGAGUGUGAGGAGGAUCGUCGAGGUCUUCGGGGGAGAUCUUAAUGCCAACAACGACAAUAAUGGCAACGGUGACGGAGCUAGUGGGAAGGCGGACAAGGAGCCUGUAGCGCCCAGGAUGAACACCGGCCACCCAACAGUAACCUCCGCUAUCCUCACUCAUCGUAUCCACCUGCUCAACACGCACCUUGCCGCUAAUCCUCGGGACGUCCAUAACAAGAAACGUCUCCGAGAACUCGUCCACCAACGAGCCAAGAUCCUUUCGUACUACAAGAAGAGGGUGGGCAGGCGGGGAGGAGAGGGAGAGGGAGCGUAUUUGGGGUUGUUGGACAAGUUGGGGUUGGAUAGGCGGGGGGUUGAGGGGGAGUUGAUCGUCCGGUGA